CGUGUUUAAUUUUUUAAUUAGGGCGGUUUGAGCAUCUCCCGGCGGGGCCGCAUCGCCGGGCGGCGAGGGGAGCCCGGGUGCGCCGCCCCCGCCGCCCGGGACCCCGUUCCCCGGGGCCGGAGCCGUCGGGGCUCCAGCCUGGGCUUUCGACCACUGGCGAACCGAGCCCGAAGCCGCGGAAAGCUCCGCGCUCCGCCACCAUGGGCAGCGCGGGCGCGGAGGAGAAGGGCUGACUCAGGAUGUGGCCACUCUCAGCCAUGACUGCAGUCCAGAGCACAGGCACUGGAGCUCCUUUUGAACCGGCUGAGAGCACAGGCAAAGAAGCAAUAGAGGUGAAAAUCCCAGAGAGUCACCAGGAUGUGAUGCCCAAUGAUGAGCAGUAAUUACUGCGGCAACACUUCAGCCAGCAUGAGUGUCAACGAAAUGUCUGCCUUCCCUCUGACUUUAGAGCAAAAAACUGGCUUUGCCUUUGUGGGCAUUUUGUGUGUUUUCCUGGGACUUCUAAUUAUCAGAUGCUUCAAAAUCUUGCUAGACCCCUACAGCAGUAUGCCCUCUUCUACGUGGGAAGAUGAAGUUGAGGGGUUGGAUAAAGGAACAUUUGAAUAUGCUCUUGCAUGAAAACUCACAGAAUAUCCUGCCUUAAAUUUGAUGUUGAUUUCAUUUUGGAAACCAACUGUUGUUACAUUUGCUAUACAUACUUGCAUUUUGGAGAUAUGUUGGUGACAUCCAUUUUGUUAAAUAAAUAUUUGUUGCAAACUCAA